AUGGAUGAGGAGAACAUUCUUGAAUAUGGUGAGUGCUUAACAUGUGGUUUAAAUAACUGCUUAAGUGUGACAAAUCUGCUCACAGACACCUGUACAAUUAUGAAUAUGAACCAUGGAAUGCACGUUUUCAUCACAGGGGCGUAGCUAGGGGGGCUCCUGGGGUGCUGGUGACCCUUCCCCCCCUUGGUAGGCCUUCUUUUGAGCAAACAACCUACAAUAUUCAGGUGGCGAAAACGCCAUGACAAUAUCUUGGCCGUAAAAGCCAUUGUUGAAAAGCCCACUUUUUUAAAAUUUGUUUUUCUGUAAAGUAUUUUCGUCAAGGGCUCUUGUCUUUAGUUAGUAUGGGCCUUCAUACCUUCACGCCACAUUAAGUAAAACAUGCACGGCGUGGACGUCGACAUAAUAAUCUGGUGACUAGCCUCUGUGAACCCCCCUUUGAAAAAUCCUGGCUACGCCCCUGCCAUCAUCCGGCAUUUCUGCUGAAAAAGGCUUAGUCUUGGGCGUACUACCUAUCACGAGGAUCAGAAUCGCUAAUUUAUGAAUGACACAUCUGGAAACACGCAUAGGGAACCCAAACCACAGUCUCUUGAUAGUGUUUUGAGUUGAAACGUCGGCAUCUGAAUCUCUUUAUGGUGUUAAAGCAAUAAAACUUACAGCAUCUUACUAACUAAAACAACUAAAAAUUUUAUUUCUAGUAGAAAAUAAAAACGUUUCAGACUGAGGCUCGUUUUGCGGAGACAGACCUACAAUGUAGUUUACCAGCAUUAAUAAAAAUGCAGUAUAUUUAACCCACAAGUGAUGCUACCUACGUGGAAAUGUCUACAACAUUUGACAAGGCUGAGAGAAAAUUUACCCCAAUUUAGUUUACAUUUGUAAAACAUUAUCUCGUUUUCAGCCAAGUAAAAUCUUUUCACAUGAAAGUGGCUAUCCUUUUCAACAAAAUAAGGUCAGAAAAUUUUCAGUUCAUUCCCACCUUUUUAGAGCCCUGUUUAAUUAAAUUAAGAUACAGGCUCAAGGAUUUUCGGGUUCUUUAACUAAAAUGCCACGUUCUUUUUUGCCUUAUUCGCAUUUAUACUUUUACCCUCAUUUGCAUGUCUUGCCAUUUACUCAGUUGGUAAGAAGGACGCUGAAAACCUUGCAUUGCGUGACCAAGGGCUCUGCGUGGCGGCCCACUUGUUUGCUGAGGAGAUAAACACAGAGUCGGAUUUGGUUGGAGAAAAUUUGGCCACCAAACGUGACGAACUUUGUUUUCAAGAUGUGCCAAUAUAUAAUAAACUAAAUAUUUCUUCAGCAAAGCUGGGGGAAAACCGCCACCCACUAAGACAAGAAAGAGAAACACACUGUAAGGAAUUAAUUCGCAGGAAGGCGGAAGGGGAGGUGGUGGAAAAUGCUGAAAAUUGGUUCAAACCAGCUAUGUGAACAACGUGAUGGUGAGCGAUCGAAAGGGGGCGAGCACAUGGAAAAGCGCCCCUAAGAAUGAUAUAGACCGGAACGCCCUAAAUUCUGAUUGGCUGGAAUAACUUAUAGGCUUGGAACCUGCCGCCUUGGCCUGCAAACCAUUAUCAAAUGCCUUGCCAUAAAAUCCCAUUAUGACUCGUCAUAACGGUGUCUCUUUUGUCUUUUAACAGCUUCAACUAUCUCGAAGUUGGGCAUUGUUUCCCUUCUAUUAGAUUCUAAAGCUACAAUUACCCAUGAAGCUUUGACCAUGAUGCUACAAAUUCCCUUGGUAGCCACGGACACUGGAUCCAAUCUUCCUGGCGGUGCAGAACAUUUGAGAUACGCUGUGAGAAUGGGUCCAAGCGAACAUGAUAUAUCAGCAGCGAUACAGGGAAUUAUUAGUUAUCAUAAUUGGACAAAUCUUCUUGUCAUGUAUGAUGGUGAGUUUACAAAAGAAGAGUUUUUUUUCGGCGGUUUUUUUUUUUUGCAACAGUGUAAGAUUCUGGGAACAUACUCACCUACCCCGCCCCCAAACCACCUUUUGCCCCAUAAGAAUUGUUAAGUUGCUUAGGGGAGUGGUAAUCAUACUGUUCGUUUUAUUUUAUUGUCAUGCCAGUUUAUAGACCUUAUUCAUAAUACCCACCAUUUCUGCACGCGCAUUGAUAGGGGAUAAAAGCAAUGUCACGUGAUAUUUCAGGGGGCAAACAAGUGAUAACAUUUUGCAAUACGAGUAAUCGCGGUCGAGUUUGCUUAUACUCUCAGAGCGAGGGGCGAUUUAAGUCUUACAAAAUGUGCAGUUCGAGUCAGUUUUAACAAGUUUUAUGUCAGUAUGCUUGCUACUGCAUCCAGAAAAGAGUCAAUGAUCACUUCCAUUAUAAUUUACCAUUAUGGUCUUUAAGGUAAAAAGUUGUUCAUUUUCGGUUGUUUAUCAGUUUUUAUCACUCACUUUAGCAGUUUUUAUCACUCGUUUGCCCCGUGAGAAACCACGUGACAUGUGUCGUUGCUUUUAUCCUAUCAAUCCUUAAGUACGUGCAAAGAUGGCGGUUAUCGUUGAUAAGGUAUAUUAAUCCAUCUCAAAAUUUGAACAAUAAAAUAAAUAUAAAUAAGUGCACAAAUAUAUGCAUCAAUAAAUAAGUAAAUAAACAAAUAAAUAAACUGAUAUUUUUUUCUUGUAGUUAGAUGGAGGCACUUGGCUCACGACUUUGUUCUCAGCCUUCCACCAAAAAUAAAGGUUACUAAACUACCGCUUGAGCUUGAUCAUCAUGGUCACGCCUCAAAAUUGUGUGAAGAAACGAAAAGAAAGCUUGUUGGCUUUCACGAUGCACCUAUCGAAGCAUUUGUAGUAUUCCUGGAAAAUCACUGGGUCGAGAGCAUUAUAAACCAGGUAUGGAGAAAGUAAAAGAGGAGACAUGUUUUGUUAUCCCUUGCUUUUAAAUUUUUUCGUUUCUUUAAUUAGUUUUUUUUGUUCUAAAGCCAAAUGUCUUAAAACGGUCUUGAGUCCCGAAGUCUCUAAGUCUCUCAAGUUUACCUCUUCUAAAUGUAUGCUGUUAUCACGUGCGUGGAGGGGGGGGGGAGGGGGGGUUAAGGCUUCGCUGUAAAAGUUGUGCUUGCCGGAAAAGACCCUCUCACUUCCCCCCACUCCCCCUCCCCACAAGAAGGUACCAGAAUCGCCUUUUGUGGGCUUGCUUCGCUUAAAUUCAUUUUUACCCCCAAGAGGUACUAGCUAUAAAACAAUAAAUCAAAUGACAAUUUUGAACAGCGAGGGAAAAUUAAAAUAGAGCCGAUCCCGUUGACCAGCAACUAAUUCUCAUCAUUUUGCCGCUGAUCUGAGGUGAUUUUAGUUGAACUCUUUGAUUUGCAUCAACUUUUUCUACAGGUUCACUGCGCAUGCUCAAUAAAGAUAGAGAAGCCUCACUACUGGCUUUUGGCGGAUCCGGUAAGUGAGUUCUUCCCUUCAGCGUUCUAAAAUCAACUGGUUAAAAAAUGAACUUAGACGACGCCCGCUUCCUGAUUAAUUUAAAACCGCCCACCACUGAGUUUGUUCUCGAUCGUCACGAUCUUACGGAAAAUAUGGAUGCAGCAUUGAGAAUAAUACAGUUAUCUAUUGAGUUAAGGAGUCCUUAACUCAACAGAUAAAUGAAUUUUUGAAGCGAUUGGGUAGUUAUAAGUCGUCCUUUGGCAAAGUUGCACUAGAAAUACAUGUAAAGCACAAAUCCAAGUUUCUUGAUUAAAAUCUCAACUAUAUCAGUCAAUAGUUAUGAUUAUAAUUUUGAUUAUGAUUAAUUAUGAUCAUUGUUUACCCACUUUUCAUUGGGGUCACGUGAUGUGACGGACGUGUGUUUGAGUGCUCCACGUAACAUUUCGUAAGUUUCUGAUGUUUAAGUGUUCCUUCUGCUUUCUUCUGUGUGUUUCGUUAUCUUGUUUCGUGUGUUAGCCUCUCUUCGUAAUUCUUAUGUACUUGCCUUGUUUUAUGUUAGUUUAAAUUCUAUUUACUGUAUAGUAGGUAGUGUCUUCACUGUUAUUUAGUCCAUCUAUAUAUAAAUCUUGUUUUGUAAUAUGUCUUCAGCUCCCCCCGCCUGGAUUAGUUUAUAAGCUAUUUGCGGGUGGGAAAGUAAUGUAAUUAGUUAUUUUCCAAUUUUCAAUAAAAUUUGUCGUUGUUGUUGUUGUCAUUCAACUUAGAUCUCUUCAACUGGUCUGACUGUUCAGCCUUCACAAGUGGUCAUGGGAUUUCAGCCACACAAAUCCAAUAGCAAUUUGACGCAGAAUUUAAUUGCAGAUUUAUUACCGUCUCAGGACAUAAAGGUUUGGAACAUUGUUCAUAUAUGUUUUUUUCUAUUUCUUGUUAUUGACACAUUAACAAUUAAUGAAUGAGGCUGAGUAUCUUAUGAAGAAUUAUGGAGAUUGAGGAGGGUAACACCAUCCGAGAUCUCUAUAAUUCUUCAUAUGAUACGAAAGCCGAAUUCAAUAAUUGUUUUAUUAUUCAUUCAAAAUAAUUCCUAGUUUAAAAACAUGGCUACUGAACGUGCUUACCUCCAUCGAUUCAUCGAUGUUAAGUUCAUCUUCGAUAGUGAACGUUUAGGUUUGUCCAGCUCCGUAAGUAUUCUCCAAAUAGCAGAUGCCGCCCUUCGAGUUGUCUUCUUGCUGUUCUUGCCAUGUUUUUAGCUAUUUUUUCGCCUGUAGUUCUUACUCUUGAAGCGAGUGAAAUGGCCGCCAUUUUUCAAGUUCACAACCAAAACAACUUAACCUCGUCCCCAGGUCUUCUCGGUUAACGGUGCCUUAACCUGCCAAAACGCUGCAUUUUUGAGGUCAUUUCCUCGUUAAACACAAAAUUCUUCCAAAUUUGGUCAUCAGUAACUGGUUAUGGUGAAUUAAACGUGUGCUUUUAGCCAAUCAAAAUCUGGAAAAUAUUUUGAAUGAAUAAUAAUCUAUAAUAAGCUGAUCAAUCGUUCAUUUUAAAGGACUCUUCAUUUCUUAUCUACGAUGCUGUCUGGACAGUUGCGCAUGCUCUUCAAGCCUUGAUAUUCAGUGGAGAAUGGCAAAACAGUUCAAGUGGAACAUUGCAGCUAUCACCGAAUGGCAUUUUUUUACUGGAGCAAUUAAAAAGGGUAAGCAACUGUUGCCUGAUUUCUUUUAAAAUGCAUUUUUGCUAUGACAUGUUGCAUUCAGGUGAAUUCUAAGCCUGGUGAUUAUAUGAUAAUGAUGUUAGUUUGUUUUUCUUUCAGUAACACGGGCGGUUAGAUAGAAAAACAACAACAACAACCUAUGUAUAUGUUAUGGUUCACUUUUACCCUUGGUUUAAAUUAUAUUUCCUUUUGUUUUGGGGAAUGGUAAUGUAUGAUAAUGAGUUUGAAACAAAAGAAAAUAGAAUUUAAACCACAGAUAAAAUUGAACCACAAAAUACACAUUUUAAAAUUUUGUAGCUUUUCUCUGCACCCCUCGACUAUUUACUAACAAAUAUAUUAUCCUUUAUUCUCGCAUAUUUUGUAACCGUCAGGUUGAAAUAAAGGGAACCACAGAUCUCAUCCAGUUUAACAGCUCAGGAACUCGGAUUAACAGCAAAUUGGAUGUCAAGAACCUUCAAAAUAAUAAGUUUGUGACGGUAUGUAACGUAAAGGAAUCGAACGUACCUUAACGUACUGUGAUGUUGCGGAUGAGAGGACAAAAAAAUAUGUGUCCGCUUUACACUAGUAAAGCGGACACGUAUUAAACGGACACUAGUAAAGCGUACACGUACACUAGUAAAGCGGACACUUACCAACAGUAAGCGCUUGGACACUUAAGCAUAUCAUUGGUGCCUCACCUUGGCUGUCAGUCCAAAUAUGAGAUGGCUGUAACCCACCCAACCUAUGAAAUCAUGUCAUUUUAUGCAAAGUCAAGUUAUUUGGUUUCGUUGCUUUGUUUAAGGCUGGUAUUACAUUAAAGAUCAUACUAACUUCAUUUUCUUUCUCACUCAAGAGUUCAGGUGUACGUGUAAAUUCGGGGGAAUAUUUCUUCGCGUAAAUUAUUUCCUAUUUGGGAGUAGCGAUAAAUUUCAAAAAUUAGACCCAGAAAACAAAUCAGUGCCAUAAAAUACGUUAAUAACGAGCUAAAACUAAAAGUGUGAGGGGUGUAUUUUUUUUUUAUAAGAACAUCUCAGUCACUGUGUUGCCCAUAUCCCAGGCGGAACGUAAGCAAGUUCCAAUGCCCUUCUUUGCCGUCAUUUUGAGAAAGAAAAAGGCCUGAACUAGAAAAUUUGGUAAAAGAGAGAAUUCAUUUGACGCCAGUAACUAAAUAAGAAUUGAUUUUCUGAUUUUCAAAGGUUAAUGUAUUGUGUAAAAUGUAAAUAGGUUGGCCAGUGGAGUUCUUCUCAGCACAAGCUUCAAAUCAGUAGACUUCAACAAAACAAACAGACUGCCGGGAUAGUUCCCCUGGACAAACUUAACAGGCGCCUCAAAGUAGUUGUUGUUAAGGUAAAGGACCUCACUGAAAAGCGCCAUGGCGAGUUGUACUCCCUCUUUAAAUAUAUAACAAUUGUUGGAUGAGGCUGAGUAUUAUCUGAAGAAUUAUGGAGAUCGAGGAGGGUGUUCAAAUGAUAGGAAAACCGAAUUCAAUAACCGUUUUUAUUGAUUAUUCAUUCAAAAUAAUUCCUAGUUUAAAAACAAGCUAAAACAUGCUUAUCUCCAUCGAUGUUAAAACAAUCUUCGAUUGCAUGUUUAUCGGCAAGUUUAGGAGAUAAAAGGUUGUUCAUUACUGCAGGCAAAUAUUCUCCAAAUAGCAAAUGUCGUCCGUCGAAUUGUCGUCUUGCUGUUCUUGCUAUGUUUUUAGUCAAUAGGUAAAACUAGGGAAAUGUUCCGCUAUUUUGUACUCACCAACAAAAUAACUCAACCUCGUCCCCAGGUCUUCUCGGUUAACUGUUCAUUUUUCUGGCAAUUAUGCUGUACAAUUGACGUCACGUUUUACAUGUCCCAAAAUUCCUCUAGUAGCUGGUUAUAAUGGGUCAUGUGAGGGAUUUUAGCCAAUCAGAAACCGAGAAAUAUUUUGAAUGAAUAAUAACGUUAUUUAUUUUUAUUUAACAAAGGAAGCUUGAAGAGGUUUAUAUUUUAACAAAAUAGAUAAAAGAGCCAUAGAGACCAAAUACCUUACUUCGUGUAUCCAACAAAAACAACCGCUCAAAAAGUUAAAAGAAGUUGUAAAUAACACAGCAAACAAAAGAAGGCAUAGAUUGAAAAAUCUCAUGUAGAAGAAUGAAACGGAUUGCUAUUGUCAACUUGUUAGCCUAACAGUUUUCCAGAGUUCAUUUUGUUUGUUUAUAACAUUAAUAUAAUAGAGAGCUUUAGAUUCUGAGACGAGGACGACUAAGAGUACGAGAUUUCCUCAAUACUGUGUAUUGCUCACACGUGAACCAGUGUCAUUUUAACGGGAAAACGUGAUAGUGGUCGUCAUUCUGCUACGAGUUUUAGCGAGAAUGUCGUAGUGGCGGGAACAAGUUUUCAAAUGUAAGAAGUUUUAUCAUUUUGCUAUCGGAAGGGGGCUUAACCUCCUUCAGUAAAAAUAAGUGUACUAAAAUUUUUGGUGUAUUGUAAAAAGCUAAAAUGAAGCCUUCCGGGUAUUUUUUUUUCAAUCACACGCAAAAACUUUGAGUUAAAUCUUGUACUCGUAUUCGUUCUCGUGCUCAAAUCUAAAGCUCUCUAAUGUUUAGGAGACACAUUUGUUUGACACGAAGCUGUUUAUAAUUUGUCAAGCUCCAUAGCGAACUGGCAUAAUUAAUAAAAUGACACAGCUCCUUUAAAUUCAGAUUUUUAGCAGUCAAUUUUUUUCUCUUUUUAGGAUGCUCCGUUUGUGAUGGUGAAUAAAGAUGGUGAACUGGAAGGCUUUAGCAUUGACCUUAUUAAGAAGAUCGCUGACAUGCUUUCCUUUCGAUAUGACAUUUAUCUAUCCCCCGACGGUCUUUACGGUGGUGGGAACAAGAACACAGGCUAUACAGGAAUCGUAGGAGAAAUCACGAAGAAUGUGAGUACCAGAAAACAAUUCGCCUCGCGAAAUAAUGACAACUGCUUUAAGGAGCUGUAUCACGAAACCUAGCCACAUUGUGCCACUGGCGGGGAGUGAGACAGAAAAUAACCACUUAACCCUUUAAGUCCCAACGGUGUCCAACAUCAAUUUUCUCCUAACCAUAUCCAUAGAUUGUCAAGAGAUUUGGUUAUGAGAAUUAAUAAAUUGAUCACCUAAGAGAUCAUGCUUUGAUCUUUCAUCAAAUUCUCUCAACUUAUUCUUUAAGGAAAUGUAUAGAGAUCAGUUUGGAGAAUCUGUAUGUGGAUACUGGGGCUUAAAGGGUUAAAGCAUUUAAGAAAGGUUUAGACUGACAUAGAGAAUACAAAUGAUGGCACGGAUGGGUAAAAUUGAAGAUAAAUAAAUGGAUUAUUAUUCGAGUUUCUGAAUCUUAUUUACCGAAAAGUGUUUCAAAAUUACGCCUCAGUGCUGUUGCUUGUAUCUUAUAACAUGACGCGCUGGGGACAAAUAUUCUGAAGCAUUAAAGUCCAUUUAAGAGUAGAUACGAAUAUAAUUUAUUAGAAAUGAAACUAAAUGGACCAGACUGUCGUGAAAUAGCCUCCCUAGCUGCCGCUAGUAGCCUGUCACGCCCCUUUAAAUGGGUAAUUAUCAUUGAUAAUCAGCUUUCUUCGUAUUUCGCGAGAUAAAAGAGUUAUCGUUGCAUGUGCAGUCCUCAAGAGAUAAAUACGGUGAUAGAGCUACAUGGGUAACGAAAAGAUACUUUUUUACGGUAAUUGGAUUUUUUUUACCAUGAAAAUUAAUUUCCCGCUUGCAGCAAGCUGACCUUUCCACAUCACCGCUGACCAUCAAUUCCGAGAGACUGGAAAUACUGGAGUUUAGCAAGCCAUUCAUGCAGUUCACGAUGAGUUUAAUCACCAAGAAACUGGACACUAAUGAUCAUGACCUGACUACCUUUAUGCUACCCUACUCCGCUGAGGUCUGGCUGCUUACGCUCAUGUGUCUUCUGUUGGUGGCAGUGUUAAUGUACUUGGUAAAUUUCUUCAGCCCAUAUGGUCAUCGAUCGCGUCAUAGGCAUAGGCAUCUCGCAGAGACUGGUGAAGAGUUCGACUUCUACAACAGUUUAUGGUUUUGCCUCGCUUCCAUGUUACAGCAAGGAGCGGAUCAGACGCCAAAAUCAUUUUCAGGUGACUUUUAACAUUCGGUACACCGGGAGAAAUACUCCCUAUAUUGCCCACGACCUGCUGCUGCAGCAGUGCUAAGAUAGCUCAAUGCUCUCUGUAAAGAAACCCACAAAACGUUGUAUUGGGCCUUUCCUAGGGUAGAGAAGAGACUAGAUUAACAUUAGUUCAAAAAUUUUCCUUAAAUUUUCCUCAAAAUGCCGGUUGUAGUGUUGUCAAAAGAUUACAAGGAUACACCAAUAAAAUCCACCAUUCGGGUCGUUAACAGAACAAAAUGAUAGAUGAGCAGAAGAAAAAAAUCAUCCACCCCCGGUGGGACUCGAACCCACAACCUUUGAAUUAGAAGUCCAACACGCUAAUCCAUUGCGCCACGGGGGCAACUCAGUCGAGUAUGGAAAUAUUUUAUGUUUAUGAUAUAAUUUACAUUUUCUUUGAUAAAAAUUUAGUUUAUCCUUCUUUGCGUUAGCCAUUGGUUGUUUUGUGUACUGACCAAAUGAUGGUACCUGUUAUAUGAGAUAUACCAUUUGAUCAAUUAAAAAUAAAUAAGGAAAAGAAAGCCAAUUUCCUGUCCUCCUGUUUACUGAAUUUACUCUUUGUUUGCAAGUCGAUAUGAAGUACAAAGCUAUAAUAUAAUAAAAAUAUAAAAAAAAUUUUCAGUUUAAAGUCGGCGGAAAAAUAGAGGAUAUUACAUGGCCGCGCGGGGAUACGAAUUUUAUCUUCUCUCACAUUAACGUGGUCACCUAUCGCAAAAUACCUGUCACAAAAAUGUUAUGAAACUCGGAUAUAAACUUAUAAAGGAGAAAUAAAGGCAAUAAUUGGCUAAUCAUGUUAGUAACCAUGGCGACACCAAUAUCCUCACACGUGAAAGAUAAAAAUAGUAUCUUCACUACGCGCGAUGAAGAUAUGAUUUUUUAGUAAAAGGAAAAAUCCUGGUAUUUCAUCAGUAUCUAUACAAUAAAUAAGAAUAUUCAGACUGGUCCGGAAAAGGGUGUCGACUGUAGUUCAAUCCACGUGUUUAAACUAAUUGCUGCGAACCUAUUCGUCUCAAAAUGCUAACGCUGGACUACAUCAAGGUUGCUGAUUAGGUGGCAAUUCGGCCGAUUUUCUCAUGCAUCUCGUGGUUACGAUAUCGUAUUUGGGUCGAAACAGUUCAAGAUAUCAGUUUAAGUUUAUUGCAUAUCAAUUACAGUUAGUGCAGGUUUUUUUCAUUUUGUUGGCUAGUUUGGCCGCUUGGAAAAAGGAAUAGGUGUAAAACAUAUAGUUUUAUUGCAUUUAUUGAUUUCAACACAGAACAUUAUAUCCUUUUCCAAAUCUCAGCCUUAGGUUUAUUCUUAAAAAUAUUCUUAAAAUUUGGCAAAUUUCAGCCUCAAUGUUCUUAUAAAAUAUAUUCUUAUAAAAGAAAAGAGUGUAUGUACUUGCAACUUGUCAAAACGCCUCUUCAGUAUUAGCGACCACUUUCUCGCAAUGCCAAUUAACGCUUUCAUAUUGAAGGUACUAUGGUUGGAACUAUCGUAAUUGACCACCUCCGCCGGCUUCCUUAAGUCUUGUAAUGGUCUCUUACGUGUAGCUUGCAAAACAGGCCUAAGAGUUAUUUUUGUUAGCCUUUUCACGAGAGCGAGAGCAAGUGCAAGGUGAGCUGUAGAGCGCCAGACACGCGCGACGGAAGGGAUCGAGGCGCGUAAUUCGUCGUGCUUUAAUUCGUCUGCUCACAGCCCAGUCGCGUUUCCCGUUCGCCUUGAACGGACUGCUCACAUGAAAUAUGUUAGUACCCUCUGUAUACUAUAUUGGUUCUAGUCAUUAAAAGGACAGGUAACGCUGACUGGAUAAUAUUUAACAAUUAUUCCUCGAGCCCGAAUGGCCUCUGAGUCAAUAGCCCAUGAGGCUGAAGACCGAAUGGGCUAUUGACUCAGAGGCCAUGAGUGCUCGAGGAAUAAUUGUUUUAGUAAAACCCAACUAGCUGGUCAAAAAUAACGAGAAUAAAAAAAAUUUAGCUAGUUAAAGCUUGACUUUAAUCCUUUUUGCCGCCAAAAAGCGCGCGCUUUUCGCUAGUAGUGGGCUAUAACAUAUAGCCUAGUAGUAGCUCAACCAAUCAGAACGCAGCAUUGAUAACAGACCACUUGUUGGAUUUUACUAUCACUGAAUCAAUGAUUUAUCCUUUGUACAGCGCUAUUCGCAGUUCUUCGAACAACUUGGGCCUGAUUUGCAGUUAUCUUAUCCCCAGGUCGUGUUCUAGCCGGGUGCUUCUGGUUUUGUAUUCUGAUCUGGAUAUCUACCUACACAGCUAAUUUAGCCGCCUUUUUCACCGUCCGAAACAGUGAGAGGCAAAUCAACACAUUGGAGGAUGUUGUGGAGGGAGAUUAUCCAUUUUAUAUCCUGCGUGACAGUGCUAUUUUCGAGUUCUUUCGCGUUGCCGAUUAUCACACCUAUAGAAAGCUCUGGGAACGAAUGAACGCUGAAGAUACUUUUGUGAACUCUACUGACGAAGGCUAUGCGACGACAAGAAAGGUUCAGAAUGCGGUGUUUAUGUCAGAGGAACCAUCGACGGAAUAUACGAUCAUGCAAAAACCUUGUGAUUUGAGGGCAGGUAUGAUUUAAUUUCUAAACAAUAGACCAUUGUUUCCUGUAGUAAAUCAAAAUUAAAGUGGAAUUUUUGAAAUUUACUUCAUUGAUACACGGAAAAAAUCUGUUGGCGGUGAAGUCGCGGCCAUGUGCAAAAAAGUAGACUAGAGAAGGUCUGUGAACAAUGUAAAGGAGAGCCUCCACGAGCGAAAAAGUAUCAAUAAUUAUAAUCAAGAUGAUGAUGAUGAUGAUGAUGUGAUGAUGAUAAUGACUGACAAAAAUUGAAUCGCUGACCCCGACGUGAUUUGAACACGCAACCUUCUGAUCUGGAGUCAGACGCGCUACCAUUGCGCCACGGAGUCAACUACAGAAGACAUCGUUCACUAAAGUGCUGAUUUCCUACAACGCCCAUGAAAAUUUCGACUGUCUAUUCAGUCUAUUUGAUCGCAUUUCGUAUCAAUGUACUCUACUAAGGAAUUUUGAUAUUAAGCGUGUUAUUAAUUACUCCCUUGAAUGUACUUGGUUUCACAAUCAUAACAACCAACCCAUAUAAAACGGUUGCCUCUCCGUUCACCUGCCAUCAUUCCCCCCUCCCCUUUCUCCUUACUUCUCACGAGAAGAAGGGUUCUUUUCUACCCAACAACUAAACAAUAUUAACUUUUAUCUCUUAUCCACAGUUAAAAAUCAUCAGUCAGAGUGAAACGAUUAAAAGUUUAACUAAUUUAAGCUAACAACACAAAAAGUUCUAACAACGAUGAUAAGGAAUAGUAAUUGUAAAAAAAAAUGCACGUGCUUUCCAUGAAUGCCUCGAAAAAUGGUUAUGCGCACCUACCCCUCCCCUAAACCAACAUUUUGCCCUAAGUGAGAAGUAAGUGUUAAUAUUAGCCUCGGAUGGGGAGGUGAGCAGUUUCCCAGAAACGUAUAGUGAUCCGUUGUAAACGUGUAUCAUAUUUCAAAACAAAUCACUGCAGCCGGAUUAGAAGAGAAAAGAGUUCGCCCUUGCCGCAGCUCAACUUUACCUCUCCUCUAAGAAAAAAAAAUAGAUUGAAGCAAGCCGGUACUCCUGAUCGCAGGCUAUCUCCUCUCAAUUUAACAGCCAGAGGCAGAGAGGUUGUGGGUGACUCCGUGGCGCAAUGGUAGCGCGUCUGACUCCAGAUUAGAAGGCUGCGUGUUCGAAUCACGUCGGGGUCAGUAUUUUCCAUUUGUUUCUUUUUUUAUUUAUUUUUGCACAUACAAUCCCUUAUUUUUCUCGCCAGAAAUCAAAACCUGUACCUUAAUUUGAUUAAUUGCAGAAAAAUAUACAAAUAUCGCAAUUUACAGGCCUGUCCCAAGUUCGUUCGUCAAAUUUCAUGCACUAUAACUUUUGACCAAAACUUUAUUUCUACAUCACUGAAAAUUUCUAAACGAUGUUUACUGCUCUAUCGAGUCCUUUUAUUCAGAAGUUCAGUAACCGGCAUGCCCCCUUUGUUUGGUUGUUUGUUUUUGUUUUGUUUUGUUUUGUUUUUUUUGUGGGAUAAGUCAUACAGCGACGGUGGAGGCCCAGAUGAUCCAUUUUGAUUCUUUUUAUCACCUUAGUGGCACGCACGAGCCAUUUCGACCCCAAAGAAUUUCAUUUUUUAGAUUAGGCAGCUGAAAAAAAUCCUUUAGGCAUUCAUCCAAAAAAAAGCUUUUCCGCAGUGAGGCUUUUAUACUUCUUUCUAAAUUUGAGACGAGCUGGAUGUUAACGUUGCUUGGCAUACUGAAGAGAACCUUUUUGUUAUCUCAGGGGCAUCCAACUCUUCGCUUUUCAUGACCCUGCUCCAGACUAAGCUUGCUAGCUGUUGUAAGAGCUACCUCGUUGAGUUCCUCUUUUGUACCUAGCUUUCUUUAAAACUGUUUUAGCUGCUUUAUUCAGGGUCUUCCUCUCUGUUUCUUGUCUUCAAAACCUUCAUUUUUCGAUGACCAUUAUAUCACCCAACUUUCGGAUUUUUGAAGUUUUUUUUAGCAAUUUCUUUAACUGAUAAGCCCGUAGACUAAAGUAUUCAUGGUUAUGCUUUCACGUAGCUGAGCAUUUUUGUGUUAUCUUUCAUGAUAUUCACAAAAAACAAGGAAGGAGUUCGAGCAAUUCGGGCUACAAAAAAACCAUGUAACGGGAAAAUAUACUCGCGCACGCGCACCUUUGGCGCGAGAGUACACAAAUCGAAUAUCCGAGUCGAAAGAUGACACAACAAGUAUGAAACAUUAAAUUAUAUGGAAAAGACAAGAAUUUUCUUUAAACAAUUUGCUUAUAUCAAGUCAAAUUGUACUGCAUUAUAGAGUCUGACUUACAAAGAAGAGGAACGAACUUUUGGGACACCCUGUGAUUGAAUUGAAUUGAUUUAUUUUUUUGCAGUGAAUGGCCUUCUUGGGGCAGCAAGUUAUGGUGUGGCCAUGUCUAAACACUCUCCUUAUAUCAGGAAUAUUUCCGUAGCGAUACUGAGACUGCAGGAGACGAGUGUGUUAGACAGUUUACAUAGAAAAUGGUGGGAAUACAAAAGUCAUUGUCCUAAGGACAGUAGCAAAAGAGGUAGGGCGUCAGGGUUGGAAUGAAGCGCUUUAAAACACGAGGCCAGUCAGAAUUCAGCAGGCAAAAGGUUGAUGGUCGAAUCGUUGACCCGUUUGUAAGUGAAAGAGAACAUAAUUAAGCCACCGUUAUAUUAGCAGUCUGUUGGUCACAGUGGCUGUCAGAGCCUCGUAAAGUGACAUAGCAGUUUUCUUCUUUCUUCUCCUCUGCUUCUUUCUUUUCCUUUCCUUUUUUCCUUACUUUUGUUUUGUUGUGUUUAUAGUUUGUGUUUGGUUAAGUAAGAGAUACAGCUGCUCGAACAGCUGAACGGAGGUCAAAUGAGAAUAUGAUGGGGGAUGAGGCAAGAGAAAGAAGACAUAGAGAACAAAUUUCAUGGGUUCAAUGGAGGCUGUUUUUCUGUCUGUCCCGCGCCACCCUCCCCCUAUCGUUUUUUCGUUUGACCUCGAUUCAGCUUUCUCUUCCGUUUUCUGUAUCCCUUACUUGACAAAACGCAAACGAAAAACACACCAAGAAAAACCGCCUGCCACGCAGGCUACGGCCAAGGCCCAUCGUCGAAAUUUCAGCAGACGGGUAGAACACGUUGGUUUUUCUAAACUUAUUCAAGCGAGCUUAACUGAGGCAGAGGUCGAACGUUUCAUGAGUUUAUCUGCCCAGCUUUAGUUCGUCUCAUAAGAACCGAGGAAACUGGGGCGAGUUAACCUUUGCAGAGGCUCCUGGGAUCGUUACCAGGGACACGCCGGUCAGCCUUUUGCUAAUAGGGCGCUUAAGCAACAAGACGGCGAAGGCGACGGCGACGGCUAGGAAAGCGUCACUUAAAAAGUGAAUCUGCGCUGCCUCAAACUUUAUCGCGAUUAUUCCAUCUCGUUUAAUUCGUCAAAUGUUGGCAAUUUUUUUUGGAGUUGAGUUCUAAAGGAUUCAUAUCAAAGUUCAGGAAAAGAAAAGGAACAUUGUUGUCUUGUGUUCCCGUCCUCAAUCAACAAAUCGUGAAAUUAGGCAUUUUCACGUCGUAGUUUGCAGUUGUAACCGAAGUCACGCGUAUUAGUGUCCAACCGCUUUAUUUUACAAAUCACACUCCUACGGUACUGUACAACCAAAAAUACAAAGAAAUAACAACAAAUACAUCAAAAGAAAACGCAAAAGCGUACAAAUGGCGUAUAUUUUUACCUUAACGGUAACGUUAAAAGGAAUGAGCUGUUCUUGACCGAUAAAAACUGUAAAAACACUGACCGACAAGAAAGUUUAUACAAAAAACUUGAAGAUUACGUAACAUUACGCAACGAUGGUGACACCAAAAAGAAAGUAAACAAUAUAACAAAAGAAAACUAUAAACAAUUACAAUUAAUUGCAAGUAGACGCGAACAAAAAAAACAAAGAAAACCCUAAGUUCUAGAAGUUUCGCUUUAACAGCAGUGACGGCAAAGAAAUGUACAAAAAAACGUGAUGAACGUGGAAAGUUGUUGGUUUGCCAAUCUAAACCUGUUGAUUUUUUGUCGUUCUCGUUCACGUCGCCGUCGUUGUUGCUUAAGCUCCUUAAUGUGUUUUCCCUGUCUUUCCGAAAGUUAACUCGACCCGAUUUCCUUUUUAUGUCUAAAGAGGCAAAUUGAGAUUGAAUUUUUUAAAUAUCACAGCUGUAGGUGACAGCAAGAGGAUUCAGCUGGAAAACAUGCUGGGAGUCUACCUUGUGCUGGCUGCAGGUGGAUGCCUCUCUGUUAUUCUGGUAUUAGUAGAGAUAUGGUGGAGGAAACAUGGGCGCCACUGUGUAGCUGUGUUGCGCACUAAGCUUUCAUUCAUGAGGUAAGCCGCUCAGUCAGGGACUAUACAGGGGCUUUGAUUAGGGGAGUGCGGAGGCCAGAGUGCAAUUUUGGUUUUUGGAAACUUGUAAGGCUAACAGGUUUCAACCUGUGGAUACCGGAAAUGUAUCCAAAGGGUUUUUGUGAUGGGUUUGAUAUGCAAAUGUGUCACUCGCUCACUUUACGUUGACAGAGAUCGGCUCUUCGGCUCCAACCAGAACUCCUUGCCCUAAAUGAAAACGACAUAGUUCGUAGUUGCCGAACUAGGGCUCCUGAGCAUUGUUCACUCACGCAUCCAGGAUAGCCUAAAAAGUGUUUUCAAUGCAUCUACAAUAGGAAGAAACCGUCGUUGGGUGUCCCUGAUAAGUAAGAUACGGACGUAAAAAAAGUUUUUUUUAUUAUCAUUUUUAUUUUACAGCGAGAAGACUUCGACAAUUAUUCGCGUAUAUCCCCCUUCUGUUCAAACCAGGGAUGACGAAGCAGAUCACAGAGAUGACUACGACAAUGAUAUGUACGAAGGAACUCCAUGCUAGAUGCCCUAAAUUUUAUUUGUUAUAUUUGUACUUGCGACUAUCUCCCGUAUAACUUUUAAAAAGCU